CAUUAGUUUCUUUGGUGAGCCAGUUGGUACUCACGCAACGGAUCGGGUAAGACGCAACUGGCGACCUCGCUCAGUCGACGAGACUCUCAAACACGUAAACUCGUUCUAUGACUGCUGUGAAACGUUCCAUCCGUCUGUGUGAAACUCGCUUAUCCAUUUAUAACGUUGUAUCGAGAGCAUAAUAUAGCGGUGAGAGUAAAUCGUUGAUAAGAUCCAAUAGACUUUGCUAGAACAAUUCGUUGGAAUCACCGACAUUACAAGCGUAAUUGACAGCGUUACAUCAGAUUCAAUGACUGAUAAUACCACGGCCGUUACAAUGGGUGGAAACUACACAGGCUGCAGUCUGUUCAGAGGCCAUGCAGCCAACAUCACAUUGCAGGAUGUCUUUCUUCACGACGAAAACUGCCACCAGGAUCAUGAACGACUCGAUGGGAUUCUAUUAACAGAAGAGGGCAGAAGAGAGGUCAGCAUCGAACACAGCGUGCGGGGGGACGACCAUCUGACACUGCAGGUGCAAGGGAAUCAUAUCCCAGAAAAUGCUACCCAUGCUACGCUUACAAUCGAAACGCUCAACGAAUCAACUAAUGAAAAACAGAUUACGAGAUUUACAUGCGAUGUGGCCGGUUGUAACCGAACAUACUCAACCCAAGGAAACCUCAAAACACAUAAGAAGAAACACAGUGGUGAGCUGACCUUUGUAUGCCGCCAGGAUGGAUGUGGAAAAUCCUUCCUCACUUCCUAUAGCCUCAAAAUUCAUUUUCGUAUUCAUACACACGAGCGCCCAUAUGAGUGUAAUGUAGAUGGCUGCCUGAGGACGUUCUCUACGAGAUACAGGCUCCGUGCGCACGAACGUUUGCAUACGGGUGAGACCUUCAAUUGCUCUGCCUCGGAUUGUAUAAAAGUGUUCACGACGUUCUCGGACUUAAAGAAGCACAGCCGAGUCCACACAGGAGAACGACCAUUUCUUUGUGAAGGCUGCGGCCGUAGUUUUGGAGCUAGUCAUCACCUCAAGUCUCACAGACGGACUCACACCGGCGAAAAACCACAUCAGUGCAAUUUCUGUCUCAAAAAAUUUGCGACAUCUUAUUCAUUCAGGUCGCAUGUGAAGUCGAAACAUUCGACAGGUAUCGUGGAAGAAAGCGCUCGCCUGACAAAUAUUUGUACAUGCAGUAAAGGCGCAUGUGAGAAAACUAAUUGUUGUUCGGCGUGCUUGCUCCCCAAGGAAUCGUCUAGACCAGUCGAAAAAAAACGAGAAUCCCAACAGGACAGCUCAAAUUUACAACAAACAACAAGUUAUACACAAUUAUAGGAAGAUGAGCGUAACUAACACGAA